CUCAUUUGACCUAGUUUACCUGAGCGCACCUGACGAUAGCUUGGACGACACCUACAAACACACUACCGCUACCAUGGUUGUCAAGCUCCAAGUAUUUAAGAAAAGUUCCCCAAAUAAUAAGCUGACACUCUACUUAACCAAGCGAGAUUAUUUCGACCAUGUGACACACGUUGACCCGAUAGAGGGCGUGUUAGUCCUCGAUCCCAAUUACGUGAGCGACCGCAAUGUGUACGUUCAGAUCGUCCUCACCUUCAGGUUCGGGAGGGAAGAAGAUGAAUCGAUGGGUUAUAACUUCGUCAAGACUAUGUACCUAGGCACUACCCAGCUCUACCCUCCUGUCACGUGCUUCCCGCCUUCUGAGAUACAGCGUAAUCUCAUCUCCAAGCUGGGGAACUUCGCCUUCCCUUUUAUGUUGGAGUUCCCGAAGCUGUCGACGCCCUCUUACACCAUGAUGCAGGGCUGGGAGGAGGAGGGGAGGCUCAUUGGGGUCGAGUUUGAGGUGAUGGGGUUUGUGGGAGUCAACGAGCAGGACUGCCAUAAGAGGAGUAGUUGUCGUCUGACGGUCCGCCGCCUGAUGGAGUGCCCUGCCCGGCUGUUCGACGCCCCGGCCCCCCGAGGCAACAUCACCAAGACUUUCCUCACUUGCUCCGGCUCCGUCACCCUGGAGGCUUCCCUCACCUCUAACGUGUACUUCCCCGAGGAGGAGAUCCCUGUGCAGGUCACCAUCAAGAACAACACCACCAGGGAGCUCAAGAAACUGAAGGUGAAGAUCGUACAGAUGAGUGAGGUGCCAAUCUUCAGUAAACAACAGGUGAGAGACAAAACACUCAUGAAAAUUGACAACAACAUCAACCUGCCAGCUGGGGCCGACACCAGCAAGAACUACACCCUCAUCCCCGCUGUCCCCUCCAGAAUGGCGCGGGGCCAAGUGUUCCUUCAAUCUGAGCUGCAGGGUAACACUUCUCCUAGCCUGGCGCCCUCCACCAUCCUGAAUCCCGAGGUCGACAAGAGAGAUCUGUUUGGCGUCCACGUCACCUACGCUGUCAGGAUCAAGGUCCCAUUAGGUACUCUUAUUGGGGACACUAUACUCGACGUGCCCUUUAUCUUGGCCGUCCAGCAAGGGCAGUGAGACGAGGAGACGGUGGUGGCUAACAGGAGACGGUGGUGGCUAACAGGAGACGGUGGUGGCUAACAGGAGACGGUGGUGGCUAACAGGAGACGGUGGUGGCUAACAGGAGACGGUGGUGGCUAACAGGAGACUAACGGUGAAGAUAACAACAAACUAUCUUCAGAUCAUUAUUACUGAGAAUAUCACUUAACCAACUACUACUUUUGUCCCUUUAACUUACGAGGAGUCUAUUAACGUGUUGCUUGUGUCUCUUCAUUAAACAUUAACAUAAGAAUUAUUACUAUUGUUCGGGUUAAUAGUUUACGUUUCUCAUUAUAUAGGUAUGUAGAUUAAGUCAAGUUUGUUUAUGUAAUGGAUUCAAGCUGUGGUUAGGUUAGGUUUGGUUAGAUUAGGGUGAUGACAGGUCUGUAGAGAUAACUUUACCAAGGUAGAAUAUUGUAGGAGUUUAGGCAGUAGUUUUUACAUUAAGUUGUAUUAUUCACCUUCAUUCUUCACCCCCUUGUGUGUUCUUGACUCCUGAUGCUGUGUUGUGGAUAACUUAUAUUCAUUUAUUCAUUGUACACCAAUUAAGAGGGAGACAUAUGGCUCGUUCUUAAUUCAACAAUACACACAGGAGAACGGCGACUAUUAACAAGGAAAUUGGCAGCUGAAGAAUCAUUUAUAAUGUUUUUUUUUUAAUAAUUGUUGAUGUUGAUUUAAUUUUUUUAUUUUACUUAUUAAUAUAAAAUGGUUAUUGAUAUAUUGUAUCUCUUAUUGUUGUUAGUGUGUGUGUGUGUGUGUGUGUGUGUGUGUGUGUGGUCGUCUCAUUUAGCUUUUAGGAUGAAUCUGAAUUUUUCUUCAUCCAUAAAGCUAUAAUCAUAACUUCCUCAUAUCCAUCAUAGAACAGUAUAGCUUUAACUCAGCUAACUUAUAUACCACGUAACUAUGAUCUAUACGAUUAUACUUCAUACUUUUAAUACCAAAUGUAGACUUUUGUGUGUUUACCAUUGAUGAAAGGAGACUCACCUGCUCGUAACCUGAAGUAAUAUUUGUUAUUUUAUUUAUAGUUCAUAUCUUGUGGAGUUUCGGUCAAGUCUUGGGUGUUAUUCUUUCAAGUAUCUCUCUUUAUUUAUUUCUCUGUCUCUCUGUCUGUGUUUUUAUAUACCUCUUUCUGUCUGUAUGUCGUUCUACCUCCCUUUAUCUGUCUCUUCCUUUCUCUUAUUUGCCUGUUUCUCCCUAUCUCUCUCUCUCCUUCCAUGUAUAUCUCCUCCUCUCCCCUUUUCUCUCUCUCCCUCUUUCCCUCCCCGUCUCUCAAUCUCUGUUUGUCUCUGUCUGUCUGUCUCUUGUUUAUUGUCUCAUGAAGUGUAUUGACGAAACACCUGGACUACCAAUACCUGAAUAACUCUGCCUAACUCUUCAGAUGUCCCCAGGUUUUUAUUCAUAUCAUAAUUGUCUGUUUGUAUGUAUCUAUUAGGCACUACUGAUCAACUCAUAUACAAUGUAAAUAAUGAAUUAACGAUGAAUAAAGUGUUAUGUAAAAA